AUGAAGCGUCGUCGCAAAGCUAUUUUGGUAUCAUUUGGCUCUGUGGCGCAAAGUGUUCUUAUGCCGCCUGAUCUGAAGCGAGCUUUUUUGCACGCAUUUCACCAAUUCCCGGAUGUAACGUUCGUGUGGAAGUAUGAAAACGAUGAGGACCGGAUUGCACAAGGGCAAGACAACGUCACAAAAUGCAAACUUAGCACUCCUUCAAAGGAUAACCUAUGGAUUCUGAAUGUAGUCUGUACUGCUAGCAUACACUUUUGCGCUGCAUUCAUGCGCUCGUGGCAAUUUUUUCCACUUAACUGUCAUCAUCUUGAUUACACAUUACAAAUAAAUAGCGGCUUGUAG